ACAGAUAGAUGUGAAAGGAUCACUAUUACCAACUUUUCUUACCAUUUGUGAAUUUACUAUUUAGAGGAUGCCCAGACUAAUUCUUCCUUUACCACUUUUGUUUUUUUUUAUUAUCCCCACAGGAAUGCUUCCAAGAGAAACAGAGAACCUGAGAUCCUUGGUGAAUUCUGACGCCGAUGAGAACACACAGGCCUCAUUGGACCAAGAGGGCUCUACUGACGCUGUCACUGGGACCAGCCAGACAGUGACCGAAAAGGAAGUUCACCAUGAAAUGGCCACUAAUGGCGAGAUCCUUCCGUCAGACACUCAGAACCAUAAUGGGGGUGCUCUGUAUUUUGACAUGCUUUUACACAGCAUGGUUAAAAGCGGAAAAAUCGUUUACAUCGCUAUCCCAAUGGCAAUCGGCCUUGUUCUUGUAAUAGUGGCCUGUAUAGGAGGAUGCUGCUUAGGAAUUCAGUGCUACAAACGCUGUAAAAAGCCUGAAGAUAAGUACAAGGCUAUGCAAGAGAGACGCCCGGUUAGAGAUUCAUCAGACCCAAGUGGAUCAGAAGAGACCACAGGAAGAGUGUCCAAAGAUCUAUCUUCAAUACCACCAGAAAGGACUACUGUCAUUAAUAUGUCAUCGCCUUCCACAGCCUCAGCUUCCUGCCCGUCAUACACCAUCACCAUGCCUUUAGAAUAAGAUUGACAUCCUGCCCAAUGUAUAUGUAGUGGCAGGGCAUGUGUGACAGG